GCAGCGGGCAUGGGAGACUCCAAGCAGGACCAAGUGCACCCUCAGACCACAUGCGACGACGCAGGAAAUGAAGAAGAUCCUCCGGCGAAACCUCCAGAGCCAAAAGAAACUUUGGUGCCGAAUGACGAAUCGCCGACGACGGAAGAAACACCGUCGCCGCUCAGAAAAGGUUUCAAACCGAGAGGCAGGUCGCUGAUACCCAGAAAUAAAAAGGAACCGAAGCAGCAGUACUUUUGUGACGUACCGGCGGCAUACGGAGUGGGAGCUGACGGGAUGAUGGUGGAAUUUUUUAACAAAAUCGAACUGAACGAUAAGUCGUAACAGUAGGCAAGAUGAGGUGCGACGUACGUGGUGACCCAUAGUUAGAAAUGCGAAUCUGCUGACCGCGUGGUGGGAUGUACGUUGUGAGGUGCGAGCUGGUAUAUGGUCUUGGUUUGUGACGUGAUAGCGUUACCGUUUUAUGUUCACCUACGGUCUAACGGUACCGCUGGUACUGCCGCGCCGUUCCAUCAACUUCAGCUUUUGCUUCCAAUCGCAAUACAAUAUGCCCUUCAACGUGAGCAACUUCUACCCACAAACCAUAGCCGUGAGGGCCCACGAGAACAAGUUCGACCUCACCAGGGUGAAAUUUUACGAGUACCUCGCCUCGUUCCUCGAGAGUUUCGGGCUGCGUGGCGAGGAAUGCACUCUGAGGACGGUCUGCGAAGUAGCCGAGAUUCCCAUGUACGAAACGGACGAAACGUUGCUCGAGAAAAUAGCGUCGUUCGUUUUCACGCCUUCGGUGGGCUUAAAAGCCGAUAUCGGGAACAAGACCCUCGAGGACGAUGGUCUCGACUUCACGGAGAGGUUGCUGCUGGCAGAAAAGUACGGACGAGAUGGGAAAAACUGCGAAAAGAAAUUUUCCGACUGCAUUGUUUCAAUUUUGGAUCUUUUCACUGAAUUGUACGUUGUUAGAUAAUAA